GCCCGGGGAGGGGCGGAGGAGCCCCGGGGCCGCGCGCAGGCAGUGCCCGCGGCAUGGCAGGGCUGUCCCGCAGCGGGUCCCCCAGCGCCGCCGCCGCCCUGCCAGCCCUGGACGGCGCCUUCGUGCUCUCUCCGCUCGGGGGGCUGAUGUGCGCCCAGGCCGUGCUGGGUUUACUGGUGUGGACUCUCAUCGCUGACACGACUUACUAUCUCCACGCUGCCUACAGCUGGGUGAUGUUUGUGUCCAUCUUCUUCUGGAUAGUAACAGUCCUUUUCUUCAUUAUUUACCUUCUACAGCUUCAGCUCAAGUUCUACGUGGUCCCCUGGUCCCUCGUGCUGAUGAUCUUCAACACUGUGGCAACUGUCCUGUACAUCACCGCCUUCGUAACGUGCGCGGCUGCAGUUCAACCGACAUCCUGGCGGCAAUGGGAUUACAACCGAAGAGCUGCGGCAUCCUUCUUCGCCUGCCUCACUAUGGUUGCCUAUGGGGCGAGUACCUUCUUCAGCUUCCGUGCCUGGAAAGGGCUUGGCAGCAAUGCAGCCACCAGCCAAGUGACUGACCACGCAUAAGGAGGACAGCAAAGCCCAGCCAUGGGCCACUCUGGCUUGUGCCAGGCUUGGAGCUUCACAUGCCAAUAGGUCUCGCUCUUGGAGCAGCCACGGUCAGUACCAGGCCAUGUGGAUGCUGCUCUGUGGUCUCUGAUGAUGCUUCCUGCUGAUGCACCCAUAUCAGAAACCCACCGGUGCUGUCACUGACAGCCUUACUGGGAAAACAUGGACUUGCUAGAGGCUGAAGCUCCUGCUUGUCCUUGGAGUUCAUCCUCACUGGAGCAGCUCCAUGGAGGGGUCAUUCCCAUACUAAAAUUCACUAAAUCAAGCUCUGGUUCCCAGCUACAGUGUAAGUGAUUACAACUAAUGUGGUACAUGAACAGUGGCAGAGCUGGAAGAUGAAGCCUAAGCAAAGGAAGAAGUCUGAACUUUCUUGUAUUGAUUUCUAACAAUUUGAAGCACAAAUUAUAUAUAAAUCUUUAACAAAGAAAUCCGCUAAAUAA